CGGGGCUGCUCCGCCGGAGUCCUGCCCCGUCCGGGCGGCGGCCGAACCCCGCGGCCCAUGGAGAUCCCCCUCAAGUCCCUCCCCGGCGGGCGGGCCGCCGCCAGCGGAAAUAUGAUGACUCAGUCAGAUUUAGAUCUAAAAGAGACUGCUUUGAAAGAGGAUUUGAAGUUUUACUUCAUGAACCCAUGUGAAAAAUACAGAGCAAGACGUCAGAUACCAUGGAAAUUGGCUCUGCAGAUUUUGAAGAUACUUAUGGUUACGACACAGCUUGUUUUUUUUGGUUUGAGUAACCAGCUGGUGGUCUCAUUCAAGGAGGAAAACACUGUUGCUUUUAAACACCUGUUCCUGAAAGGCUAUUCUGGAACUGAUGAAGAUGACUACAGCUGCAGUAUAUAUACACAACAGGAUGCUUACGAUAGCAUUUUUUAUGUUAUUAAUCAGUACAGGCACUUAAAGAACAUAUCUCUGGGGACACUUGGUUAUGAACAUGAAGAAUCAGGCUUAAAAAUCUGUAAACAACAGUACAAGAGAGGCACAAUGCUUCCUUCCAAUGAUACACUGAACAUAGAUGUUUCUAUUGAAACAGAAUGUAUCCUUCUAAAGCCAAAGGAACUAACUGGUAAGAAGGCAGAACUGAAGCUGAAUUCUUCUUUUUUCAAUCUUGAAUUUUACAGGCUUAUACAGGUUGAAAUCUCCUUCAAGCUGAAAGGCAUUGCUCUUCAGACAAUCCAUGCCCGUGAAUUACCUGACUGCUAUGCAUUUCAAAAUACUAUAACUUUCAAUAAUAGAGCCCACAGUGGAAAAAUCAAGGUCUAUCUUGAUAGUGACACUGACAUUCAGGAAUGCAAAGACUGGCACAUAUUUAACUCGGUUCUCCAGAAAAACACUCAGUAUAUUCUAGUUUUUGAUGGAUUUGUCAUAUUAAGUUGUUUGGCUUCUCUCAUCCUCUGCACACGGUCCAUUGUUCUUGCCUGGAGACUACAAAAGAGGUUUGUGAAUUUCUUCUUGGAGAAAUACAAGCGCCGUGUCUGUUACGCUGAUCGCCUGGAGUUCCUGAAUGGGUGGUAUGUCCUGGUAAUUAUCAGUGACGUGAUGACAAUCAUUGGGUCAAUCCUAAAAAUGGAAAUAAAAGCCAAGAACCUCACAAGUUAUGAUGUCUGCAGCAUUUUACUUGGAACAUCAACUUUGUUUGUCUGGGUUGGAGUCAUCCGAUACCUGGGAUAUUUUCAAACCUACAAUGUGCUCAUCUUAACUAUGCAGGCAUCGCUGCCGAAAGUGCUAAGGUUUUGUUGUUGUGCUGGGAUGAUCUAUCUUGGCUAUACUUUCUGUGGUUGGAUUGUCCUGGGACCUUAUCAUGAGAAGUUUGAAGAUCUGAACACAGUGGCUGAAUGUCUUUUUUCUUUGGUCAAUGGUGAUGAUAUGUUUGCAACAUUUGCUCAAAUCCAACAGAAGAGUUCCCUGGUGUGGAUGUUCAGCCGAUUAUAUCUGUACUCCUUCAUUAGUCUGUUUAUAUACAUGAUCCUCAGCCUUUUUAUUGCACUCAUUACUGACUCCUAUGACACCAUAAAGAAAUACCAACAAAGUGGUUUUCCAGCAACAGAUUUACAUGAAUUUCUAAAAGACAAUAGCAGUGCUGGCUACAGAAAAGACAGAACUUCUUUUCCAUUCAUCUGCUGCUGCAGGAGACAACAGAGUGAUGACAACUUGAUACUUAUUAAUUGAUGACUGCACAUUGAAAUUCACUACUGAUAUAUGCAAAGAAAACAUAGUGGUAUGGAGAAGGAUAAUUCUCCAAAUUGCAGUGAAACCUGCCAUCUGGAUCUGCCUCAUAAACAGACUUGUCUUAGCUAAUUAAGGUUUUGGGGGGAAAAAAGCUAUUCAUGUGACAGCAGCUGGCUGACCAACAGGAGACCCAGAAGCUGUGUCUGGAGAAGAGCUGUGAAGAAUUCUGUAUUCUUGCCUCAAGUUCUGUUAUGUUAGAGAAGACUGAUCCUUGUGCAUUGUCUGUAGAAACUCUGUUUGCUAAUGACAUUGAGGAGGAAUGAAAAUGGCCUUGAAUCAACUGUUGUUGUUAAUAAGAAAAAGAAUUACAUGAAAAUAAUUUUUAAGAAAUAUUCCUGUGUUUAAAAGUAUUAAAUAAAAAGAAGUCAAGAAGGGAGGAGUUUGUCAUGUAA